CCGCGCAGCUGAUCAGUUAUUUAACGGUCGAAGCUUUGGAGAGAACGUUUCUUUUUCUGCGCACUGGAUUCGCGAGCACGCAUUUGUUUUUGUCCGUCGCCCGUGCACUUGGACGCAGUUUACAAAGCGCUGACUGCUGGAAAGGUCAUUGCGACGCGGGAGAUUCAAUCACUGGCAGUGACGUUUGUGGAAAAAUCAAUUCAGGCCACUGACGGACGUCGACCUGCUAUUCUGUGAUAACCCAAUCAGCAAAAUGCCCGUGGGAACAUUCGACGCCUGGGACACGGCUGUCCUGAUCAGCAUCCUGGUCAUUUCGGCCCUGAUAGGCAUAUACUACCGCUUUGCGGGCGGCCAGCAGAAGACCACCCAGGAGUACCUGAUGGCUGACCAGAGCAUGACCACCUUCCCGGUCUCCUUCAGCCUGAUGGCCAGCUUCAUGUCCGCCAUAUCCCUGAUGGGCGUCUCCAACGAGGCCUACGAGUUUGGAACGAUGUUCUGCGUGAUCAACAUUGCCUACAUCCUAAGCACACCCAUCGCCGCCAAUAUAUUCCUGCCAGUUUUCUACAGAAUGCGGACGACCAGUGUGUACGAGUACCUGGAGCGACGCUUCGGCCAAGCCACUCGGUUGUCCGCCUCCCUGGCGUUCACCGUGCAAAUGAUUCUCUACAUGGGCAUUGCCCUCUAUGCUCCGGCUCUCGCUUUGGAGGCGGUGACAAACAUUCCGCGCUCAUGGGCUAUUGUGGUCAUUGGACUGGUGUGCACCUUCUACUCCACACUGGGCGGCCUGAAGGCGGUGCUCAUCACGGAUGUGUUUCAGUCCUUCCUCAUGUUUGCCGCCAUUUUCUCGGUGAUCGCUGUCUCUGCCAUUAAAGCGGGAGGAUUCGCUGCUAUCUGGGAGGUGGCAGUCGAGCGAGGCCGCAUCCAGAUCGAUGAGUUCUCCCUGGACCCCACUGUGAGGCACACCUGGUGGUCACUCAUCAUUGGCGGCAUGGUCACCUACCUAUCCCUGUACGGAGUGAAUCAAACACAAGUCCAGCGACUGUUGAGUGUCCACAAUUUAAAGAGUGCUCAGUCAGCGCUUUGGUGGAACUUGCCCAUCCUAGGAAUGCUUAGCUUUAGCACCAUCUUCAGUGGCCUGGCUAUAUUCUACUACUAUCGCGACUGUGAUCCUGUGCUCGAAGGACGCAUCGAAAAGCGUGAUCAGGUCAUGCCACUCUUCGCACUGGACACUAUGGGUCAAUACCCUGGACUGUGCGGCCUCUUUGUGUCGGGAAUAUUCUCCGCCAGUCUGUCCACGAUUUCGUCGGCUGUCACCUCACUCUCCGCCGUAACGCUGGAGGAUUACCUGAAGCCCUUGUACAAGGCGAUAUUUAAGCGGACGCUAAUCGACUCCAAAUCCACCUUGCCCACUAAGAUUGUGGCUUGUAUUUUUGGCCUGCUCUGCAUCGGAUUGGCGUUUGUGGCUGGCUCCAUGGGCGGUGUUCUUCAAGCCUCGCUCACCAUUUUCGGAGUUGUGGGUGGACCGCUGCUGGCCAUCUUUACUCUUGGGGUUUGUACCACGCGCACCAAUCAACGAGGCGUACUGCUCGGAUUCCUCGUUUCGCUAAUUGUCUCCUUCUGGAUGGGUUUCGGCGGACCCAAACCAAGCCCCGUUACCUUGGAGUUCAGCACUUCCGGCUGUGAGAACGCCACUGCUCUGUUAGCAGAUGCCAUUGAACUUAGUGCAAAUAGCAGCCCAGUGGUCAUCGAACCGCACUACUUCUGGUUAUAUCGAAUUUCCUACUUGUGGUUAAGUGUGAUCGGCUUUCUUAUCGCCGUGGCCGUCGGCUAUGGCAGCAGUAUUGUGCUGGCGCACUUUGGAUGGGCAGAAAACGCUGAAAUCUACUUGGACAAGUAUCAGAAGGAACUGGACUACGACCUAUUCGCACCCAUGCUGUCUCGUCGCUGGCGACGCCAGGCAGAACAACGAAAACAAACGGCUCAGGACGAAACGCUCACCAAGCUAACUCAGCAGUAGUUUCGACCGGCUUAAACUUAGAGUAAAAUAUUUAUGAAGUGAAAAGAAUUUCCAGAAGGCGUCGGCUAUACAAACGCGGUAUUUGCUUAGUCCUGUUACGGAUGUCGUACCUAAAAGUGCAUAACUAUGUGACCUUUUUGUAUACCUGUGUGAACAAAUUUUGCAUACAGAGCGACCAAAACAGAGUCUUCCAUAUACAAUUAAACAACGAUAAUUAGUAGUUAUUAACCGAGUUGCAAAUGUUCGCAAGCAGAUCAUUCAGAAGCCUCGUUGAAAUAGUCAAAUGUUUUUUACAAUUCAAUUUAAACAGUAGAUUUCUACCUCAAAUGACAAUAACUAAUCGAAACCAAAAGCGUGUUUGCCGACUACUUUCCCGUGCAUUGGCAUUGGCAGCCACAAUGUCUCACAUAAAUUAUUAAUUUAGUUGUAUACUUAAUUUUAUUGGGAUAUUUAUAUUUAUACAUUUUUAAUCUUACAAAAUCUGUUUACUCAGUCAUUCGAUAUUUUCAUGAUCACCUUUUAUUUCACAUAACACAGAUCGAGGUCUAGGUUUUAUAUACACACUACAGUGAGCACCCCUAUAAAUAGUUACUAGAAAUGUUCUGUAAGCAUUGCAUUGCGCCACUUUGUGAAUUGUGUUUAACUAUAUACCUCUAGAUGUACACAAAUAUACUAUAGAAUCAAAUACAUAUAUAUGCAUGUCGUGUCGCAA